AAAGCCAAUCGUUUUUUAUCGAAAUGUCCUGGAGGCAGUUCCAAUUCUUUGAGGCAAUUCCAAUCAGAGACCCAAACCUUGGCUCCGAAAGCCCCCUGUAUUCAGACCCUAGCUUGACCGCUACGUGUGCAACUCCAGAUUAUUUAAUAAUAUCAACUAACAAUUCAGUGAUCAAAUUCAUUGACAAGGAUCUCAAGCUGAUAAAAUCAUUUACUGCAUAUGAAAAAGGAUGGAGUAUAACGUUCAUACGGUACAUAGAGGGAACAAAUUUCUUCACAACAGUUGCCGAAAGACAAGGACAACCAUCAAUAUUAAAACUUUGGUCAAUAGAAAAAAUAAUCACAAAACAACCUGAUAAAGUCAAUGAUUCAUCUUAUCAUUCUAUAGUGCAUAUCAAGAAUGGUUCCAAUUCCUAUCCAAUAACGUCAUUCACAUUCUCAUCAAACUUCUCCAUUUUGGCCUUUGGUUUCGCAAACGGCAACGUCGUGCUGGUACGAGGUGACAUUCUAAGAGACAGAGGUUCCAGUCAAACUAUUGCUUAUAGAUCACAAGACCCAAUAACUGGACUAGAGCUAGUGGCAAAUAAUAAUUAUGACCCAUUGUUAUACAUCACUUCAACUUCAAAGAUUUUAUCAGUGCCAACCACAGGCGGGAACAAUAAUAGAGUUGAAAAAUGGCUUGAAAAAUCAAAAGGUGCAGAUUUAGGAACAGUUGAUAUUGAUGGAGAUCAAUUGAUUGUUGGUAGAACUGAAGGUAUUGUGUUUUAUGACACCAAUGGCUCCUCAUACACAAUAGCUUUAGAUCUCCCUAAGAGACUGAUUCACAAGUUUGGAAAGUACAUUGUUAUUGUUACAACCAACAACACAACCAGCUCAAGUUUAGUCUUGAAUGGCUAUUCUGAGCCUACAAAAAUCAUCAUUGCAAAUAUUGAGCAAAAAUUGAUUUCUUUCAGUUAUACUAUAUCAUCAACUGUGAGCGAUAUCUUUUCCCUAUGGAAUGAUAUUUUUUUGUUAUCUUCAGAUGGUAUAUUGUACAGAUUUCAUGAAAAAGAACUACAAGAGCAGCUGAACAUUGUGGUGAAGCGUGAUCUAUACCCAGUUGCUAUUGAACUGGCCCAAAAUAACAUUGAUGACCAAGUGGUGCUAGAUAUCAAGAGGAAGUUUGGUGAUUAUCUAUAUUCAAGAAAUGAGACAACCGAAGCGAUGGAUCAGUAUAUUGAUACGUUGUCAUUAGGAAAAACAAGUGAAAUCAUCAAAAAGUUCAAAGAUAGUAAGGAAGUUUCCAAUUUGGCUAGAUUCUUGGAGGAAAUGCUAAAACAAGGGCUAUGUACUAAGGAGCAUGUAACACUUCUUUUGUGCACAUAUUGCAAAUUGAAAGAUAUCGAGAAGCUAAAUUCCUUUAUUGAUAAAUAUGACCAAGAAACCAAUGAGCUGGUGAAAGUUGAAUUUGAUCUUGAGGUUGUCGUUGAACUUUGCCGCGAAACAAAGUUUUUACAACAAGCAUCCAAGUUAGCACAAAAUUCAGGAUAUUCUUCUUUAGCUGUUGAUAUUUUACUAAGAGAUUUACGUGAUGCACCUGCUGCUAUUCAAUAUAUCAAGACUUUACCAAUCAAUGAAACACUUAGAAUUUUGGUUGAGUAUGCUAGACUUCUUCUUGAGUCUAUUCCAAAUGCAACCACUGCCCUGCUAAUUGAUGUAUUUACAGGAAAAUACAAACCAGAGGCUUCAACUUCAAAUACAUUACUGGGUGAGGAGAAGACAGAUACACCUGUUUUAUUACAAAGUUAUAAAGCAUUUGUUAACUAUAUGUCAACUGCUGCUAGUACAAUUACAGCUUCUAGCUCUGAAGAUGAUUUGCAAAAUGGUGAUCUGAAUGGUUCGGAACCAACAUACCAACCUCCAAAACCUAGAGUUAUUUUUCCAUCUUUUGUUAAUAGACCUAAUGAGUUUGUUAUUUUCUUGGAAGCUUGUGCUGUGACAUAUGAUGCUUUUGAAGGGAAUGAAAAAGAUAAAGCUGAUAUAUUGAACACUUUGUAUGAGCUAUAUUUAACACUAGGUACAAACGAAGAAAAAGAAGAAGACAGGGAAGCAUGGGAAACAAAGGCUAUUGAACUGGCCAAAUCUGAUCCAAAGUUGAUUGAUCCAACUUCUAUUCUUUUGAUUUCAAAUAUUUUUGACUUUAAUGAUGGCCAAAUUCUUGCGAGAGAAGGACCUGGGUUUGAAAUUGAUCUUUUCAGAUCAUGCGUUGCUUCAGGAGAUGUUGAAGGUGCUAUCGAUACGUUACAAAAAUAUGGAGAUAAUGAGCCAGAGCUUUAUCCAUUGGCUCUUAUGUUUUACACGUCAAGUGAAAAUAUAUUUGAAAAAGUUGGCGAAGAGAAAUUCAAGUUUGUUUUGGAUAAAAUCAAAAAAGAUCGUAUCUUGUCGCCAUUAGAAAUAAUCCAAGCUUUAAGUGUCAACAAAAUUGCUACAAUAGAACUACUCAAGGAUUAUAUACUCGAAUUUGUUGAAACUGAAAAGAAAGAGAUCGAAAUAAAUGAAAAGCUAAUUGAUUCAUACAGACAGGAGGCAAAUAAGAAGAAAACAGAGAUACACAAACUUGAAUCAUCACCAAAAACCAUACAACCUAACAAGUGUGAUUCAUGUUCAAAUAAGCUUGAUUCUGAGACUGUUCAUUUUAUGUGCUCUCAUUCGUACCAUAAGCACUGUUUGGCAGAAGUUGAUAAGUGUCCAAAAUGUACACCAGCUAGGGAAACAGUUCGUAAUAUCAGAGAAGGACAAAGAAUUAUUGGUGAAAGAAAUGAUUUGUUUAAUGCCACUCUUGAGGAUACGGAUAAUAGAUUCAAGGUCGUGACUGAUUUCUUUGGGAAAGGUGCAAUGGAUCAUGCUAAUUAUGUCAUUUCAAACGAGGAAUAAAAAGUUUCAAGAGUUUUUUUUUCAAGUUCUAGCCAGCCAUGUAGAUACUAAUUUAGGCAUGUUCUUAUUUAACCGUAAAAAGAGCUGUUGAUAUCAUUUCUAUAGUUUCGCAAAAAAAAAUGCUGUUUUAUGACAUGAAACAAACCUCCGACAAAACUGAACUCAUCGAAAACAAAUGCCAG